AUGGCCACCAGGCUCCUCCAGACGAACUACAACCACUCCGCGGGGGCCCAGGACUUACUCUUACAGACUCUCACGGAGCGGAAUGGCAGAUUACCGCUCGUGUUGGAGCCCCACCAUAUCCCUGAGAGGGACAAUAAGUGGUUGGGACUCCGGCAUGAGCUCCCGAACGCUGCGAUAUACUGGCGCGCGGGUGAGGAGUCUCCCCGCCCCAAAUUAAUCAGGGCGAAGAAAUACAUUGUGGCGGCGGAGUGGGGCGCAAUGAGGGUGGUCUCAGUGUACGCUCCUCCACGCUCGAGGGUAUGGUCGUGGACCCGUUACGGGGGGUUCUUGAAGCAGGUGGGGCGCGUGUUAGACAUGUGCGCGCCCCACCCAGUGAUAGUCGCCGGAGAUUUCAACUCCCACGCCAGGGAGUGGGGUUCCCGGCGGACGGACCCCCAAGGCCAAGAUCUUCUCGAGUGGGCGGCGACGAUGGGCCUGUUUUUGAUCAACUCAGGCUCCGUGAGCACCUGUGUGCGCCCGCGGGGCGAGUCCAUCGUGGACUUGACCUUCGGCAAUCGCCCUGCGGUGGGCGUAAUCAGGAGAUGGAGGGUGGCGACCGAAACGGACAUCAAUUCCGAUAACCUGUUGAUCGAGAUGUCCGUGGUUUCCACCCUGACGGAGGUGCUCCGUCGUCGCCGGGAUGGGGCCGAGUUGAGGUCACCGCGCUGGGCACUCCGCCACCUGGACGAAGACGCCUUUAAGGCGUCGGUGAUAGCGUCCUCUUGGGCGAGGAGGUUGAACCCCCCCCCCCCAUUGCUGGCCCGGGAGGACAUUGAAGAGGAGACGGCCGGACUCGGAAAAGUCAUGGAGGCAGCCUGUGACUCCUCCAUGCCCCGAGCUCGGCCUACCCCCCGUUGCGCCGCUUAUUGGUGGUGCGAGGAGGUGGCGGAGCUACGUGGGUCCAUCAUCCUCCUCCGCCGACGCAUGCAGCGCAUGCGUGCGGCGCGGCGGUAG